AUGUCGCUAUCGGGUGACCUUUAUAGGGUAAAAUUUUCCGGAGAUAAACUAGUCCCCCGUUCGGAUCUCCGGGUGGGGACUACCUAGGGGAAUUCGUGUCGGGUAAAGUCAAAAAACAGAAGGGACUUUAAAAUGGGCACCUGGAACGUGCGAAGCCUGUUCAGACCUGGGGCGCCUCAGGUGAUGGUCGGGGAGGUAGAGAAGUACGGGGUAGAAAUCGUCGCGCUACAAGAAACUAGAUGGGCCGAGGAAGAUUCGGUCAACGCGGGAGCGUAUACGYUUUACUGUGGGGGGUCGGAGAUCCAUAGUUUCGGUGUCGGGUUCAUGAUUAGGAAAAUAAUACUAUCCGCGGUAAAAGACAUUAGGUUUAUAAAUGAAAGGUUAGGACUGAUCGUAUUACAGGGGCGAUGGUACAAGGUUGCRAUUAUUAAUGUGCACGCGCCGACGGAAGAUAAAGAGGACGAAGUUAAAGACGGGUUCUACGAGGAACUUSAGCGCGUCGUGGAUCAAUUGCCGAAAGAWWACAUGAAGAUAGUCGUAGGAGAUUUUAACGCGAAAAUCAGUAAAGUAGAAUUUUUUAGACCAACGAUUGAGUUCGGGAGUCUYCAUAAGGAAAGUAACGAUAACGGAGUAAGGGUAGUUAACUUUGCGACCGGGAAAAAUCUCAUCGYUAAAAGUACGUUUUUUAAACAUAAAAACAUCCAUAAACAAACUUGGAUUUCCCCGGACGGAAAUACGCUUAACCAAAUAGAUCACGUUCAGGCAGAUAAACRAAGAUACACGAACUUACUAGAUGUUAAGUCGUACAGGGGGGCGGAUUGUGAUUCGGAUCAUUUUUUGGUUAUUGCUAGGAUGAGGGAACGGCUUUCCGUAAAUAAGAUCAAUGGAUAGCGGAUAGGAAAUAAAUGGAUAAACGUAGAAAAGAUUAUCGAAGGAGAAAACUGAAUAAAGUACGCGGCC